AUUAUCUCGGCCUUUGAUUAUCUGAUUGAUUGAUUGAUAGAUGUUUCUGGAAGGGUAAUCAUUUCAACGUUAGAUUGCCUCCAAAUGGCAUCUCAGAAACAAUGGAGCCGGAUGCUCAUUUUCACGACCGUGCUGCUGGCAGUUUCGGCGUUUAAUUAUGGGUUUAGCGAUCAGGCGUUCUCUUCGUGUCAGGCUAUGGAUUCGUUUGCUCGUCAGUUUGGGGUUUAUCAUCCCAGUACCGGGAAAUAUAAGGUGAAGCCGUUGUUUACUUCGCUUUAUAAUAGUUUAAAGGCGGGGACGCAGAUUGUCGGCGUGUUCCUAGGAGGCUAUAUUAGCAAUACCUAUGGUCGGAAAUGGUGCAUCUUCAGCAUGAACCUCUACGCACUAGGCAGUGCAGCAGUCGUGGUAAGCUCCAAAACAGACGUACAAAUAUUAACCGGUCGCGCAUUACACUACAUCUACCUAGGAAUGCAACUAGCCGUAAUCCCAACCACCCUCGCCGAACUCGCUCCCCGAAACGUCCGCGGCGCCAUGGGCGUCCUAUACUGGCUCAGCAUCAAAAUCGGAGGCCUAGUAGUAACCGGCAUCGCACGAGGCACAUCGGGCAUUUCAACAAACGCCGCAUGGCAAAUCCCCUUCGGCUUGAUUCUGGUUAUCCCAUUCAUUUGUAUCUGGCUCGUCUGGAUAAUACCAGAGUCUCCACGAUGGCUGCUCCUCCGCGACCGACAGGAAGAGGCACUUCAAGCGUUGAAACGAUACCGAUCGAAAAACACCCCCGAGCAUGAGAUACAAGAGGACUUUGACGAAAUGGCGCAGAAAGUCACGGCCCAGCUGCAGAAGAAAAGCUUCAAGGAUCUCUUCAUUAAGGGAAAUCGAGAACGAACGUUCGUUGUCGCCGCUGCGAACUUCUUUCAGCAGGCUUCGGGGCAGGCGUUUGCGAGUCAGUAUGGGACGCUUUUCGUGAAGCAGUUGAAAUCGGUCAAUGCGUUUAGUGUCACGCUUGGUACUAACGCGACUGAUAUUGGAGCGUUGAUCAUCUCGACGGCGUUGAGUGAUCUGGUUGGACGAAGAAUGCUCUUCCACGUAAGCGGCCUUCUUGAAACCGCCUCCUUAAUGACGAUGGGCGGUCUCGGCACCGCAGACCCCAGUAACAAGGCUGCCAAAGAAGGCAUCGUCGCCAUGCUGCUUCUUUACAGCUUUGGUUGGUCUCUUGCCUGGGCGCCAUUGGUGUAUGUACUCGGUGCGGAGUUACCUUCGGCUGGGUUGAGAGAAAUGACUUUGCGGAUCGCGUAUACUGUUAAGCUGGUUACUGAGUUCGCCGUGACUUUCUCUUACCCCUAUCUCGAAACCGCAGACGAUCCCGGCCAUGUGGAUAUUGGUGGUAAGCUGGGAUUCAUUUAUGGGUCACUGUCUGCUGUUUCUGUCAUCUUUGGGUACUUCUUCAUUCCGGAAACGAGGAAAUUAGAGUUGGAGGAUAUAAAUAAAAAGUAUGAGUCGUCGACGGAGAGUGAAUUGGAGCAGAAGGUCGAGUAUCAGGUUGGGUUGAGGGAGGUUGAACGCAGUGGUGGACAGAACUGAUCAAAAUUUCUUCCAAGAAAAGU